AUGGCAACAAGUAAAGAUCACGGAAAGUCGGUGUUAGCAGACUUUGAUGAAGUAAGGGGAGUGUACUGUGAACCGUGCCUAAAUGAUGGUAAUCUGAUCAUAGCUGAGCGAUUCUGUAUCGACUGUUCAGAAUAUUUAUGUGAACAAUGUUGCAAAAUUCACAUAAAAUUUAAAGCUUUUAAACACCAUGUGCUUCAAGAUAAUGAUAAAAUGUCACUUGACUCACGAAAGUCUCGUGCUCAAGAUGUUUGUGUAGAGAAAUGUGCUAAGCAUCCGACCAAAAUUGUGGAAUAUUUUUGUUUUUCAUGUGACAUGCUUGGUUGCAGUGCCUGCAUAACUGUUAGCCACCGUCAAUGUGAGAAUGUCGACCAUAUACCUGACAUCGCUAAGAACUUUCACACGAGUGAAGAAUAUAAAACUGUUUUAAGCGAACUUGAAAGGAAAGAUAAAGCAAUCAAAAAUAGCAAAGAAAAGAUUCAAUUCAAAACAAAUAUGUAUUAUGAUAUAAAGAAACGGGGAAAAGCAGAACUGAGAAGACAACGUGAUGAGAUCAACACAUUCUUUGAUCACAUAGAGGCUGACAUGGAUAGGCGAAUGGGGUAUAUUAACAAAGCUAACAAGCAAUAUUUAAAAUUUGCUACCCACACCACUGACUUGAUCAAUGAUGAUCUUUCCAAGAUUAAAACCAAGGUAAAAUCAAAGCAGGAAGCAGAACAGAAUUGUGAGCUUUUUAUAGCAAUAAAACAAUCAAAACAAAACUUUGAUAAAUUAGACAAACGAUUUGAAAAGUUAACACAGGACAGUAGAAUACAACCGUUUUAUCUUGCACCUUCGAAUCAAAUCCAAAAUAUUAAAGAAAAUACAACAGAAAUUUGCAGACUUCGGACAGCAAACAUUGUAACAAAAAUUGAUGUUAGUAAUUUUAGAGAAAAUGAUUCAAUCUUGAUGAAAAGACUAGCCACAGUUCAAACUUGUUUUCUUGCAUUAUUGGAAUGCGAUGACAAAGUAGUUAAAGUGAUUGAUGCACGGAAUACACAAGUAGUGGGAGUUAUUGCCUUAAAAUGUACAUAUGUUUGGAGAUUGACUAAUGUAAAUUCUAAUCAGAUAGCUGUGUUGAUUUCAUCUGAUUACCAGUCUAAAAUUCAGUUACUAUCAGUGGACUUGUCAGGUCACAUAAGCAAAGAUACAGAGAUUGAAUUAGAUCGAAAGUUUCGUUUAUUUAGGUCAUUUAUUUUCAAAGGUGGAAAGUUCUUUAUGGUAGGCUUCAAGGAAAUAGUAAUACUUGAUAAGGUUGGAAAUCAUUUGGAAACUUUCUCGACACGUUUUGCUACCGAUAUUGGCAUAUUAUGA